CGGUGAGGGCGGACAGCGGUGUGGCCCACACAGCCUGUGCCAUGGGAGGGUGAGGUUGCCGCCUUAAAGCGUGCCGAGUUAUUGGAUACGUGUUGUUGCUAGGGGCGUGGGCUGCGCCGUGAAAUAUUACAGUUUUUCCCCAAAACCUGUAAGAGAUGAAAUUUCAGAAGACAACGGCCGUAUCUGCCGGACGGGGAGAGAUGCGAUGAGAGCUGCCUGCUCUGAGCAAACUGUGCCGCAGUGAGCAUAAUCUGAUAAGCGCCUCUAUCCACCGUGCGCUCUGCUCCAGGACAACACCAGAGGAGAAGCAGCACAGGAGGAUAGUUACAUGAAAUUAUGCUGAGGUCACACUUCUCAGAGCUGAUUCAGAUUCUCACCCGGAACACCUGCUAUUCGUUUGAAUCGGCCGGGUCGAUGAGUGUUUGCAGCGGGGUGAUGACUGCUGCGCACUCGGUCGUCCCGUGAUGCGCGUUUGGAGCGGCUGGUGCGUGUUUCGGUCGAAAACAUCCCCACUGUAGGCAAGUGAUUUUGUCCGCAUCACAUUUUUAUACUAUGCGCUGGAGCGAGGACAUUAUGCAAUGUGGAGGAAACUGAUUUCGUGAGCUCAUAGGUUGCACUGGCAAUGACAUCAGGCUUAACCAGAGGAGCUCCGUGCUGUAUUGCAGCAAGGUGGACCGGGGCGUGAGGUGGCAGGGAGCGAUGCACGCAUCCUCCGAGCUGGUCAUUUUGUGGGGAUGUUCUGUGUCCUAAACAAAUCCGAGGCACAGGGCCAUACAUCCUGAGCUGGCGAACUGCGUCACUGCAUGUGAGUGUUGCAGGUAGGCAGCAAACUCUCCCACUGCCGGGAGAGGAGCGUCAUCCUCCCUGCACAAUGUCGCCGGUGAGCGUCUAACAUUUUCACCAGGGAUGGAUGCGGCGGAGGAUUCAAGCAAAGAUCCGCCACUGGGAUCCACAUAUUCCUCAGCACCCAAUUUAGACUCUGACAUUAAUGCAAAUGCCUGUAGGCCCGUGUAUGAGAAUGGGACAGACCACAAUGUCAACAUACAAAUCGCAGCCCUCCGAGGAGCCAGUGACCCCAGCGCGUACCCGUCCACAGAGUACCAGGGGCUGGUGCGCCAGAGGUUCAUCCGUCGGAGUUUGUGGGUGUCAGACUCCGAGGAACCGCCGGUGGACGCGCCGGAGUUUGUCAGCAGCAUCCCGGUGCUCAGCAUCGACCUGCGGACUAUCGUUGAUCGGAGUCGGACCCGAGCUCUGCACGGAACCCGCCUCCAGGAGACCUCCAGCACCGAGAGCCAGGUGGGCCUGAAAGACAGCGCCACGGAGAGCCUGAGCGCGGACGAGGAGAGGGGAGACCGGAGCGAAACCGAGCCCAAGGCGGAGGUGGUGCCCUCCGAUGUCACAGGUAAAGCAGGAAGUGAUGAGAACGAAGAGGAGCCCGGCAUGAAGGCUGUGUCCACCUCACCGGGGGGCCGCUUCCUCAAGUUUGAUAUUGAACUGGGCAGAGGCUCCUUCAAGACCGUCUACAAAGGUCUGGACACGGACACCUGGGUGGAGGUGGCGUGGUGUGAGCUCCAGGAACGGAAACUGUCCAAAGCUGAGAGACAGAGGUUCAAAGAGGAGGCAGAGAUGUUGAAAGCUCUCCAGCAUCCUAACAUCGUGCGAUUUUAUGACUUCUGGGAAUCACCGGUGAAAGGGAAGAAGUGCAUUGUUCUAGUGACGGAGCUAAUGACCUCAGGGACACUAAAAACGUAUCUAAAGCGCUUUAAGGUCAUGAAGCCUAAAGUCCUCAGAAGCUGGUGCAGACAGAUUCUCAAAGGCCUCCACUUCCUCCACACGAGGACUCCACCGAUCAUCCACAGAGACCUGAAGUGUGACAACAUCUUCAUCACUGGUCCUACAGGCUCUGUCAAAAUAGGAGACCUGGGUUUGGCAACGCUGAAGAGGGCCUCUUUUGCUAAAAGUGUUAUCGGCACUCCAGAGUUCAUGGCCCCAGAGAUGUAUGAGGAGCACUAUGAUGAAGCUGUGGAUGUCUACGCCUUUGGGAUGUGUAUGUUAGAGAUGGCCACCUCAGAAUACCCCUACUCCGAGUGUCAAAACGCUGCUCAGAUCUACCGCAAAGUCACCAGCGGGGUGAAACCUGCCAGCUACAGCAAAGUCAGUGAUCCAGAAAUUAAGGAGAUUAUAGGGGAGUGUAUCUGUCACAGGUGGGAAGAAAGGUACUCCAUCAAGGACCUCCUGAAUCACGCGUUCUUUGCCGAGGACACAGGCGUCCGGGUGGAGCUCAAUGAGGAAGAUGACGGCAAGAAAUCAUCUAUUGCUCUAAAGCUGUGGGUUGAAGAUCCGAAAAAGCUGAAGGGGAAAUACAAAGAUACUGGUGCCAUUGAGUUUACUUUUAACUUGGUGAACGAAGUCCCAGAAGUAGUCGCCCAAGAAAUGGUGGAAUCAGGUUUUUUCCUGGACUGUGAUGUGAAGAUAGUUGGGAAGUCCAUUCGAGACCGUGUGGCUCUCAUCAAAUGGAGAAGGGAGCGGACUGUCUCGCCAAAUGGAAAUGGUGAAGUAGCUGUGAAGAAGACGCAGCAGAACCUACUGCAGGUUCCUGGUACUGUUGUUCCACAGGGAGCCACACUAGCCGCUACAGAUUAUGAGGAUCACGAGUCGGAGCAGCAGACUCUGAUCUGCACCGUGCCCACCACCACCUCUACCACAUCUGACAGCGGCGUGAGCUCUGCCAUGCAAUUAGAUGAUCUAAACAAUCAGCAGAAUGGCCCCUACCAGUCGCUACCAGAGCCCAUUUCUACCGCUCAGAUAAUCUACAGUCCUCCUGCACAGACUGACCCUCAGCUGCACCAGGGACCCUACCAGCAACCCACAGCACAGGCCUCACAUGAAAACUACACACAAGCAUCCACACAAUUACACCAGGGAGCCUACCAGCAAACCACAGGUCAGCUGCAUCCCGGGGCCUUUCAACAACCUGCAGCACAACUGCAUCAGGGGCCUUAUCAUUGUCAAACAACAGCUUCUGCUCCAGCUACUCCAGCCCCCACUGCGCACCAGAAUAGACAGACAGCACAGAGCUUUCCAGCUGCAGCCCCGACUCCACAGACACAGCUUACUGCCCAACCCAGCCAGGAGCAGUGCCACUUUCAACCAGCUGCUAUCCUGCCCCAGCUGUUUUCUGCUGAGCAGCCUGCAUCUCACCUGAGUCCUCCUGACCCAUCCACCAGUUUUCCACAGUCAGUCUCCAGUGCUCCUCCCCCACUCCUGCCCCUGCAAAUCAGCACUCAGUUUCCCUCACCAUAUCCUGUAGUUCAAACAGUGGGGCACAAGCCUCCUUCCUUCUCCCCUCUGCCAUCUACCUACAGCAGCAAUGACCCUCCUAUGUCUAGCGCCUACUUCUCCCCUUCACCCCACCAUCCCUCUCUCCCUCUGACCCCUCAUGCUACCUUCCCUCCUGUACCUACUCUCGGCACCCCUCAGACUCCCCUGUCCACCCCUCAGCACGUGCCCGGUGUGGCGCUCCCUGUUCCACUUCUUGCCAUGGCCAUGUCCCCUGCGGUGCCACAGCACCAGGGCGGCCCUCCCACCUCUCAGCCGAACCUCGGUACCUUCCAUUCCACCCAUCACUUACCCCUCUCUCAGGUACAACCCACCCCAUACCCUGUCCCCAACCCUGAGCCUCAACUGGUUGAGCAGCCUGUGCAGGUGAUUGCUCCACAUGGCACUUUGGGGGAUGUUCAGCUUUUGUCUGUGGCCCACCCUGUCUCACCUGCUGUUCACACUCCUCUCUGGGGAAGUGGAGCAGAUACAGAAACUACUGCAACUGGCCUGGAGCUAACAAUUCCAGCCCCGGUCUCAGUGUCUGGUGCAGUCCAAGCUGAAGCUCAAGCCCCAGCACAACCUCCAGCUCUAGUGCGAGCACGGAACCAACCUCCAGUCCCAGCUCAAACGGCAGCCUCAACCCUUCUGAAAGCCCCAGCUCCAAUCCCAGUACAAGUUCCAACAGCAGUACAAGCUCCGGCCUCAACUACAGUUCAAGCACUGAUGUCUGGAUCGGGUCCCACUUUAGAACAAAUGAAUGUCUCCUCUGUUAGCUCAGACAAACCUUCUGCCAUGGGCAAACCUCAACUCUCAGUCCCAGGUUUGGUCUCAGGCCCAGUCCCUGUCACUCUGCCUGCACCAGUUCAGUCUGCAGCCCCUGUUUCUGCUCCAGCUACUGUCGCAGCUCCAGUUCUGCAGCCUGCUGGCAUCCAGACAGUCUCAGUGCCUGAGAGUGCCAACCUGGCUACAACUCAGCAAAACCUGGAGACAACACCUGCAUCUAGCACUCUUCAACAAGAGCCUUGUGUCGAGGAUGUGCUUCGGGACAAAGUAAUAUCUUUACCCAGUUAUGCAUAUGACAGUCUCAACUCUGAUGUAGCAUCUGGUAAGGAAACAAGUGACGGCUAUGACAGCUUGGCUAGUGGGGGGAAGGGGGAUGGAAAACCCAGGAAACAUCACCGCAAGUCGGCCCGCACACGUUCCAGGCAAGAAAAGAUGAGCAAACCCAAACUGAGCAUGCUCAAUGUUUGCAACACUGGUGAUAAAAUGGUAGAAUGUCAGCUGGAGACUCACAACCACAAAAUGGUGACAUUUAAAUUCGACCUGGAUGGAGACGCUCCAGAGGAAAUUGCCACUUAUAUGGUAGAGAAUGGGUUUAUACUAUUGUUAGAGAAGGAGGUAUUUAUCGACCAGCUAAAGGACAUUGUGGACAAAGCUGAAGACAUGCUGAAUGAAGACAUGGAGGGUGAGAGGGACACAACUUUGAGCUGUAGUCCUCUACAAGGCCAGACGUGUGACGGGCUAACAGGAGAGAGUCAGCAGCCUGGAGCACCUCAGCCUGUCUAUCAGCAAAAUGUUCUUCAUACGGGAAAGAGAUGGUUCAUAAUCUGCCCUGUAGAGGAGACGCCCAUGUCCAGUCAGGAGACUCCGUCUGAUGGGACAACUACACAGUCUCCAAGCAGCUCAGCCACCACCCAGCCUGCUGACAGUGGCACUGCAAGGCCCUCCACAUCCAGAGAAGAUGGGUCAUCCUCCACAAUGUCUGGUGGAAGUGGAGGCUUCUCCUACGAGGUGUAUGGAUUCUGUAGUCCUCCAAUAAUGUCCAACACAGACCCACUCCUCUUGGCCACUCUGUCACCUCCUGUUUCUGCACCACCAACCCUCCAGUCGGUGCCCUCGGUGGAGCCAGCAGGCAGCGGAGUGCAGCCUAGUGUGCAUCAAGCCCAGCCAGCCAGAGCUCAAACGUUGCCCCCAUCGUCACCACACACGUCUUUCCCAGUAGAAGAUUCACAGGGAUCUCCUCUGGGCUCCAUCUCCCCAGUACAUGCAGCUCAGCAGAUGCCUGAUAUGACAUGUCCUGUCUCUAUUGCUGACGAGGUUCCCUGCUGCCCUCUCGUCAUGCCGCUGUCUCUGGAUGUGAGCACUUCACAGGGUGGGUCUCCUCUGACUCCUCUUCCUCUUCAGGAUCCAGGUUCAGCCAAAGAUCCGCCAUCUGUGUCCUACGCCCCUGCAGCCCGGUGUGAGCGACCGCAGCAGCCCGUGGUGCUCCACCAGCCUUUUUCCACUGUCGGAGGGACCAAAGUGUCCUCACUGCCCCAGAGCCCAGCACCAUCCCAGCACGGUGCAGGUCCCAGUGAGUCCGAUGGCGAAGGGAGGCUGGGACGUGGGGGAUUUGUGGACAGCACUAUAAAGACUCUGGAUGAAAAGCUAAGGAAUUUGCUCUACCAGGAAUAUGCUCCCAUGUAUCCGUCUGGCAGUGCUGCAGAGACGCCAGGAUCCGGCACAGAGUACAUCCAGUCUCCUCCAGGUCCAGACAGUGCCACAGGAGGGUCAGGAAACAGCACACCAGGGCCGAUAGGGGAGGGACGCUACAGGGCAGGAGAACAGCUGCCUCAAAUUCCAGAAAGAAUGGAUAGUUUGAGCACACUGAGUGACUCGGCUGUGUGUGCUUCCCUGUCAAGAAGACACGUCCCUCACUCUGCUUCCUGCUCCGGAACAAGAGGUCGAUUCAAGAUAAUCUCUGUACCUCCUGAAGUGGCCAACGGACGAGAUGUGAAGCAAAGGAGCUGGAGCAGCGCUGCCUCACCAGCGCACCCUGUGGGAUACGGUGGGGACCACAUUCAGGCUGAGGCCAUGGCUACCUCUACCACCAUCGGCCGGUUCUCUGUGGUGAGCACUGAAGAUGACAUCACACAGAGGACACGCUGCAGCCGCUACUCUGCCCCACCUGAUUUCUACCUGGACACGCCUCCUUCUAUGGCCAAGCGGGGCUCCCUGCCUCGAGCUCUGACCUCAACGUCUGUCCCUGUGGAUGUCACGGUCCAUGCUCGCUUCCUGUCCUCAGACUCAGGGGCCGAGAGCAGUCCAGCAAAACUGGCCCCUGCCACCCCAUCCCAACACUCUCGCUCUGAGCGCCGAGGAAGCGACCUCAUGAAGAGGGCGGUGGCCUUUCUCCGUCGUUCCGGUCGCAGCAGCAGUGUGCAGAGCUCUGACUCACCAAACAGGCAUGGAGGUGUCCACGGCUCCGCCUAUGCUAGCAGCGAUAACGACUCAGAGAUGGAGGACUCUGACAUAAAGAGGGAACUACAGAGACUCAGGGAGAAACAUCUGAAGGAGAUCUCAGAGCUGCAGGCCCAUCAGCGAGGAGAAGUGGAGCUACUUUAUCGCAGACUUGGCAAAGUCCCUCCAUCUGGCCUGGGAAUCUCUAAUGUUGGACCACAUGCCGGACGUAGGAAGAGGUCCAGUAAACACAGACUGAAGCCAGGCAAACUUCUCAGUCCUCUGGUUCAACAGUUUCGAAAUGUUACAACCAAAACUAGUGACUCCAGCAAAGCCAGUGCUGCUACAGGCACAAGUGAGCCCACAGUGAGUUUAAAUGGCUCUCCAGCCAAAGGGCCUCUACCCACUCACAGCCGAGCACGUUCGUGCACCAGCCACCUUCCCAGCUCCACCUCAGAGCCUGUGCAGACUCAGCAGCCCUGUUCUCUCAAAGGCUCUCUGUCAUCUGAUAAUAUUUAUGCUGGACUACAUGGAGACGGUACUGGCACCCAAGCUCCACUUGGACAAGGCUGGUCUAAUUACCCUCAACCAUCUGAGAGAGUGACCUAUAAAUCGAGUAGCAAGCCACGAGCUAGAUUUCUCAGUGGGCCUGUGUCUUUGUCUAUCUGGUCAACACUGAAGCGACUGUGUCUUGGCAAAGAGCGUGGCAGCAGAUCUGGAGCUUCAGCUUCAGCUUUCAAUCAAUCACAGCAACUUCCUACCGGUGUCACGCCUCCUCCCCAUCAGCCAGUGAUGGGUCUGGCCCAGGCUCAGGCCAAUAACAGCAACAACAAGACAUACAGUGGCACAUCCAUGAGUGCCACUGAAAACAACCUGCCUGAAGACUUGCAGCGGCUGAUGGAUGACUGGGCACAGGAAGUUCUUAUUGUGACCCACCGGCCGCGCACCAACUCUCUGAGUAUCAGUGGACAGCAGCUUUGGGAUCAGAUUGUCCCUCGAACAUGUGAACAGCUUGCUAGUCCUUCAGAUGUAUCAUCAUGGACAGCCCCAGGUUCAGAGGCCUGCAGUCUGCCCCUGACAUGGCCUGACAGCCCUGGGUCAGCAGUGAUGACCACCCCCUCUGCAGGGCCUCAUCUCACUUAUCAGUCACACUCCCCUGCUCCAUUCAGGGCCUUGUCCUCACCUCUUUCUGUUAGCCAGUGGCCUGGGCUGCUCUUCCCCCUUCCUUCAGGAGUGUUUGCCUUUCCUGCAGUGCCCUCAGCCCAGGAUGCCCACAGCCCCUUUCCAGCUUCGUCAUAUCAGCCGACCGACCCCAAGGCGAGGACUCUCUAAUCUGAGUAGCAUUGUGUCUUCCAACUGUUACCAAAAAGAUAUCUCAUUAUAGUUCUAGUCAAUCUUCUGUGCGUAUACUGUAUAUAUUUAACCAGCAUGUAUGUAACCAUAUGUACAUACUUGUCUUCAUUCUUGAGUUUUAUGUUAUUUGUUUCAUUUGCAUCAACAUACCUCAUGUCCAAAUUAUAAUACAUAUUCCUUGACUGGAGUCAUAAUGGUAGUACUACUUUUAAAUAUGUAUAAUUAGCCCAAUCAGGCUUGAAAGUGCAGAUUUUUGCCAUUGUUUAUGUAUGUACAUUGCCAUUCACUGAAUGUACAUAAUGUGCUGUUCAUUCAUGUUGUGUUAAUAUAAAUAGUUGAUGUUUGUGUUGCUCAUAUCACCCCAAUAUAUAAGCUGCCGUGUGUAUAUAUGAAUUCUUGUUAGUCUGUACAUAGCUCCUGUGUUUGUACAGUUACCAUUAGAUACUCCAUAGGUUGGUGCUGCAGCUAUGUGUCUUAAUGCAACACCUUAUUAGCCACCAUCAUGCCAUCACUGUGAAGACUUGACAUCCUGGUCACUAGGACCAGUUCCUUUACUCUGCUCUCUCAGUCCAAGGAUAGGUUUCAUUCUUCAUCAAUGAAAUGCUUCCAGCACAAGCGCUUGAAAUAUCCUUAAGAGAUUUGAAUGAACUUGAACUUUAUCUUCAGGUGAAAACACACCUGUGAGAGUGCCUUGAAUUGCAGUUUCAGUUUUCUGAAGUGAAGCAUUUAGGUUCAAAGCAGCCACUAGAUAUUCAAUAUGCUUUCACUUUCACAGGUAAAUUAUGUGAUUUGAAUAAUGAAUGUGGAUUAAAGCAUAUUUAAUUUAGUAACAAAACACUAUAAAGUGGUGUUGCAGUUCAAUAAAUGUCAGAUAUUGUAAAAACGAUCCAAAUCUAAAUUCGGUUAUCAUGUAUUUACUGUAAGUUUUUCCUUGUUCACUGAAGUCAAAUUCCUGUGGGAUUGCUCUACCACCUGCACCGCAGCCUGCAUGAAUACACUGAUAAUCUGAAUGUGCACAGGUUGAUGUGGUCAGUUACAGGAAGACAUUGUUAAGAGAAACUGGCAUUGAAACCAUGCGACAAGGAGGGCUGAAGGACUCAACAUACGAGUCAAAAUCAUAAUCAUCCCAUACCUCUAUUAAUGCAAUCUGUAGCUUUACAUAUUGUUGCCUUUGUGGUUUUUAAGAGAUUACUGUGUGGUUGGUUGUUGUUUGAUAAAUGCUGAUGAUUUGACAAUGCUAGAGGUACAUGAAGAAUGUGAAUUAUUGAGAAGCCACAACUGUUUGACAUGUUAUUUGUACAAUGCAUAGGUUUUCCAAUUUAUGUUUAUUUGACACUGGCCUCUCAAUGUCCUGUGGCUCAUAUGGCACAUCAUAUGUAUUAAAGCUGACCUAAUUCAAAGAUCUCAAAAAAAUGUUACGCUCUUAUUGUUUUAAUCAGUUACAGUCUCACUUCAAAUUUAAAUGCAUAUCUUGUACACUGUAUACAGUUCCCUCAGAAUAAUUUUGAAAUGCAUCAAUGUUUUGAUGUAUUCUUAAAACAAAACAGGAAUGGUAAAAAUCAGUGCAGUCAGAAACAGAGAGCUACCACAGACAAGUUGCUUAAUGCAGUUUGUGAUUACUGCAGAUAGGAUUUAUUUUGAUCUUGUCCUGGUUUCACGAUUUCAUUUUGCUUUAAUCAUGCUUUGAACAAUCAAUAUGGUAAUCAAGCAAUUUAGUUUUGCACUUUUACACUGUUUGGCGAGCCACAAGAACACGACUUUUAAAAUAAUAAUUUCUUGAAAUAGAUUUAGAAGAGGCCGAGAUAGCAUGACUUAUUGACCAAUCUCCAGAAAUGCUGAAAGAUAAAUUUCCCAUAAUGCAACACAAUAGCGUCUUUGACAUUAUCAGAGUUGUCCCAAACUUCAAAAGGCAGUUUCCAUAGCAAGAGAAGACUCUACACAACAGUCUUCACAGACCAAGUAGAACUCUUUGUAACAAGUAAACUGAACCUUGUUUGUAGCAGAGGUGGAGUGACCCUUUAAAAUCAUUCCAUGUUUGCACAGUGACAAUAUUGUGGAAGUAUUUGUCUUUAAGGCAGAAUUUCCUGAGUGAUGACAGGUUGUUUUUUUUAGAACAUCUCCUAUGCAGUUCUUUUCUUUGUGCUUUACCCAGUAACUUCUGUCUUUAAUCUCUUUAAUGCUUGCAAUGAAAGCUUGAUGUAUGAUUGCUUUUGCCUGCCGUAUCACCUUUUUUUCCAGCACUUUCCUGACCUCGUCAGAUCGGUACUCUCUCAAAAAAGCUGUACAUACUUGAAGACAUAAAUAAUAAAUUCAUUUUUGCUUGACACCA